CACACACUCAAACCAUUUCUCUCUCCUUCUACAGGCACGUGGGCGGAGGCGAGGCGAGACUACACAGCUAAGAGAGUUGACGGAAGCAAUGCUGUGAUGGAAGACGGGGGCGGCGGAGGCGGUGGCGGCGGAGGGGGCGGCAGAGGCAAGGAGUGUGACCCUCGACACCUUCAGAAGUGCAUGAAAAGGCUGGAGGCGAUAAACGAAGACCACAACCUUGCCUUCGCUUCCACUGAGCCCGAGCUGGACCAGAUGUGCCACACGAUGGGGUCCGGCCUGAACUGCGUGAAGAGCCACAUCUCCCGCUGCUUUAAGGCCUCCAGACAGCAGCUCAUCUACCAGCUCCUCACAGGCACCGAGGACGUCAUCCACAGCCUCUGCAUGCCCGGCAACUUCAGGGACCAGUACCUGCAACACUCCCCGUGCAUGAAGAACCUGAGCGUGGACCCCCAGGUGUGCGGCAAGCAGUACCACCGCCUCAUCAACUCAGUGGACCCAGCGGAGAAGCUUGAGUUUGAGGACUCCAUCAGGCAGCAGUGUUGCGCCUUCCACAACUACCUGCUGUGUGUGACGACAGCGGCGGAGCGGGAGUGCAGCAGUGAGGCGUCCUACUUCAUUGAGGAGUAUUCCUAUCGCACGGCAAGACCCAUUAUUCAGACACGAUGCAAGGUUUACGUGCCGGGAAGUCUGGAAUGCACGUACAGCUCUGCCGCCCUCAGCCGUGCAGCCUCCUUCUUCCACCUCUCCUUACUGCUGGUCGUGCCCCUCCUCCUUACCACCCACUACCACCUUCACCACCUUAACUAACUCUCUCUCUCUCUCUCUCUCUCUCUCUCUCUCUCUCUCUCUCUCUCUCUCUCUAAUCACGACAGCAAAUGAAACGCAGCACUUAUCUCCCGUAGCGCCUCAGCAAGUCAGGAAGUCAGCAAGUCUCGUGUCUAGAUCCUCCACGACGCCUUAUGACCCCGUUGCUGGGAUGCCCUGGUCCAGUCAAUCCAUCAAGCCAUCAAUUAGUCAAUACAGAUAAAUUUGUUGGUGUUACCCUGAAAUGUUCCUCCUCCCGGCUUUCUCCGUUUUCUUUGACACUUCUUCAGUCAUUGGUAUGGUUUUAGAUGCUGGAUUGAGGGUAUUAUUGAUGUGGUUUGUGUGGUGAAUGGUGCUACGGGUGAAGGAAGUAGUGGUGUAUAUGGUGUCAAGGUGAAAAGAUGGUGUUGCAACUUACAUAGUGAUUAAUGUGCUUGUUGACUGGAAUUUGUGAGUAAACACGGCUUUGACUGCGUUUGUUUCUGUGCUUCAGUGCGAGUGAGUGAGUCAGUCAGUCAGUUCCCUCCCUCCCUUCCUCACCAUCCUUCCCUACCAAUAACGCGGCGUCAGGCAAACUUUUCAAUGCUCCUCUCCACAAACUGAACACUCGGAAAAUUGUGUUAUUAGUGGUCCAGAAAAUAAAAUAAACGGACACAACAGGAACGUCAAACUUGUGUACGGUGUUCUAGUCCCGUACUCUGAAACACUUCCGCGCCUCAUCUCCCCUACUUUCCAAAGGCUCUAGGUAGUUGAGUUCCCACGGGUUAUUUUAAGGAAGUGUCUACUGUUCUAGUGACAAGUUAACAAUAUUUCUACAUUAUUCACUGGAGAAAUGCGCGUGAGAAUUUGAUUAAUCAUCCCUGUGGCCUUUGAUAAACGGUCGCGGUGAAAGGGCGAAGUGUCUCAGAAUACGAGACUACUUAAAGUCAAAUAAGAAGACGCAAGGAGGAAUGGCCGGCGUAUGAUGAGGAAGGAUAUGUACGAAGAUCCGUCAGUCUGCCUGCUUCUCCACUUAAGAAUAUCGACCGUGUGUGUAUAAGGCCAGUAUUCAGAAACGCUUCGCUCCCUCACCCCGACAAAUUUCCAAGGCUACAGAGAUGGUUAGCCGGGUUCUCAAAGAGUAUAUCUCGUGUAAAUAAUGUCAGUCUUGUUGAUGUCAUUAGAAUACCAAAAACACGU